ACAGGAAAUAGCACCAGAUCAUGCAGAGCGGCCGGCGACGGCUCCGACAGCGAUCAGAGCGAAAGAACGAGUCGGUGGACAGCAGUAGCGACUCAGAUGUGGAGCUAGUGACCAAGGUCGAGGGAGUACGGCCGCACUCGCAGGAAUUAAAGACUGGGAUAGCAGAAAACGCGUGGGAAUGCCGUAUGUGUACAUUCCUGAACGAAGAUACUCGCGCUUCCAGAUGUGAACUGUGCGAAAGCGCUCGUCCCGGGCUGCCGAGGAAGACACGGAAGCUGUCACAGUGGCUCUCGCAGCCAAUGAACAAGACAGAGCACAAUAGCAGCACGAAAAAGCAGUCAUCAGGUGCUUCAAUGGAGCCUAUUGAGGUCAUUGAUAGCAGCGAGAGUGGAAAUAGUGAUGACGAUGCAAGUGUCACCUCGGCUGCGUCGUAUAAUGGAGAGGCUACUUUAUUACGACGGAGCAAUGGAAAGGUAGCGACUGCCAAGACGAAUCAAGGGCUGUGGACGGAUUUAUAUGCCCCGAAAACGGUUGAUGAUCUUUGUGUGAACAAGAAGAAGGUGCAGGAGAUCUCGGAAUGGCUGGAUCGGAAUGCGUCGCCACAACCAGGUGUGUUCCAGAAGCGGUUGUUGUUCUUGUGUGGUCCGCCAGGAUCGGGUAAGUCGACGGUCGUACGUUGUAUUGUUCGACAGCUCGGUCUACUUAUCAAAGAGUGGGAAGACAACUCAGCAGCUGGAAAACUGAACUAUGAACGCAUGCUUCGGGAAGACUUUUGGACGCCGCAGAUAUCUGGAGUUGACGAUUUUUCAGAUUUUAUCCAUCGCUCGUCAGCCUACGCUGCACUACCUGUUGCUACGUCCCGCCAUGCAUCAUCUAUUGGUGGCAAGUGUCGACUAUCGAGCACUCAGCCAGGUUCUGGCAAUUUGCAGAAGACAGGACAGGUGAUUUUGAUCGAGAGCUGGCCGGAGUCAUGGUCGAAAGAUAAGUCGCUAUACGAGGAGAAGCUUCAACGGAUCUAUCAACAUGUGGUAGACCCAGCUGGAGGAUGUCGUUACCCUGUAGUUUGCAUCUACAGUGACGUCCAGGGCAGCAAGAUUGACCUGGAUCACCUGAGCCGAAAGUUUUCUCGCGAGGUGAUGCAUUCGCCGCUGACUUCAGUGAUUAAUAUCAACGCAGUGACAUCUGUGCAGCUAAAGAAACAUCUUACUCGCAUUACUGCUCAAGAGAACUGUCCCUUUCAGCCGGCGGAUAUCCAGAAUAUAAUCGACAGUAGCAAUGGAGAUAUGCGGCACGCUCUGAAUAUGCUGCAAUUGUCGCUCAACCCCAACGUAAAGAAGCACAAAGCUGUGUCAGCAACCACUACGAAGAAGGGGAAAAGGAGAAGAGUUUCUUCCGCGAAUUCCGAGGCAUCAACAGCGCCAAGCGCUAGCAUCCGUGAUCCAUUUCUCUCGGAUUUCCACGUUGUUGGAAAGCUGCUGCACGGUAAAAUGUUGGCAAACAAAAAUGCUGAUGAGAGCGCGUUAAGGAAUGGAGCGAACACCAUCGACUACGAUCAGAUCUUGGAUGCCUCUGCUAUGCCACUUGACCGAGUGCUUGCACUCGUUCAUGAGAACAGCAUUGCAUACUUUACGCAAGUGGAAGAUCUGUCUGGCGCUCUGGACCUAAUGAGCUUGUGCGAGGUGUUGGUUGCUGAAUCAUACAGCGGCGUCAGGAGUUCUGAGGUACGAUUUAAAUGGGUUGCCUGCUUACCCAAUUUUACUGAUUGAAGAACUCUGUUGUCGCAUUUGAACAAGGCUUUUAAGCGCUCUCGGGGCGUUGCGCAAGCCAUUCUUAUGCGAACCGUUGCAGUGACGAACGAAAAUCCCGCUCCGAAGGCAUUCCGACCGAUCACGCGGCCCCAAACAUACACUGCAAAGCAGCGUAUUGUGUCCCGUCGUGAGGAAAUGUUAGUGGCUACUCGAGGAGGCAAGCAUGGGCUUCAACAUGCAUGCACGGGGGAUGUGUUUGCAUUCGAAGUGGAGCCUUUUUUGACAAUCAUGGAUCGAGUGGGUGGACCUGCUACUCGGCAGAAUGCAGCCGGCACAUUGGCAAUUGACUCACUCUCACUCAAAGAAGAGGUCGACGAUGAAAUCGAGAACAGUGAUGAUGAGUGGUAAGAGUUACAGUAACUACAAUUUUGAACGCACAAAUUACUACGGCUCAGGUGAUGAGGCUAAGUUGGACGCGUUCGCCAUGGCAGCAGCAGAUUUUCUGAUACUGCUGUCAUACUCUUUCCUCUUGGCAAAGCUACUGUUUUUGAAUUUGUCACCUUGCCCCUCAUUUAUGGUGAUAAUUGUUGAAGCAGCAGUCGAAGUACUUUGUUCCUUCUGCUCAAGGAGUACGCUUGCUUUCACCUUCUUCAAAUUGUUCGUGACACUCGGUGCUGUCACCUUUGCACCUGUACCAAGCGGGUAUGGUAACCCUUGCGAAGAGGUUACAAUGGAAUGCCCAGGACGGGACUGGCUGUCAUCUUCUACUGUUGGAGACGGCAUCUCCAGUAGCAGACUCGUUUCGUGCCCCACCCAGCGAACAAUGUAUUCGCCGUUACGUUUGCGAUUCAAAUCACCUUGAAGACGACGAGUUGCUGCAUAAUGGUGACUGUGGCCUGAGUUUGGUCCAUUCUUGUGAGCUGAUCCAUCACCAUCGCGUAACUUUUUUUCCAAAUUAGCAAGGCGCUGAUGACAAUUGAGUUGUCCAAGUGAAUGUUUGUACCAUUCGUACAGUGUCAACGCCUUCGUGAAGCAAUUGUGAGCGCCUCGUAGAUUUCCGUUGCGUGAGUGAAUCAUGCCGAUCGCACUCAAAGAUGCCGCUUGUCCAAUUUUGUUUCCAACAGUUUUGUACAGAAUGAGAGCUGUGCCGAAUUGAGCCUUGGCUUCGUCGAACUUUGUUUCGGUUGUGAGUAGAAUGC